CAGCGUGAGUGCGUGACGCUCGCCGAAGGCCUCAGAUCCCACGUGGUGGCGGAGGAGGCAGGUUGUAGCUGCUACUCUUACCACUGCUGCUUCCAUCUCCAGUAUGAAGCGACCGAAAUUAAAGAAAGCAAGUAAACGCAUGACCUGCCAUAAGCGGUAUAAAAUCCAAAAAAAGGUUCGAGAGCACCAUCGAAAAUUGAGGAAGGAGGCUAAGAAACGGGGUCGCAAGAAACCUAGGAAAGAUCCAGGAGUUCCAAACAGUGCUCCCUUUAAGGAGGCUCUUCUUCGGGAAGCUGAGCUCAGGAAACAACAGCUUGAAGAACUAAAACAGCAGCAGAAACUUGACAGGCAGAAGGAACAGGAAAAGAAAAGGAAAUUUGAAGCUAGUCUUGGUGUUGAGCCAUCUGACGUGGAUCCUGUGAAGGAGGAAUUUGGGCAACACAAAGCUAAGAAAGCCAAGCUGGCUAAACAGCAUCCGAAGAAGUUGUAUUGUCUGGAACUUAAAAAGGUGAUUGAAGCCUCAGAUGUUGUGCUGGAAGUGUUGGAUGCCAGAGAUCCUCUUGGUUGCAGGUGUCCCCAGGUGGAAAAUGCCAUUCUCCAGGGUGGACAGAAAAGGCUGGUACUUGUAUUAAAUAAAUCAGAUUUGGUACCAAGGGAGAAUUUGGAGAAUUGGGUAAAUUAUUUGAAGAAGGAAUUGCCCACAGUCGUGUUCAGAGCCUCAACAAAUCUGAAGUACAAAAGAAAGAUAAUCAAGGAAAGGAGGAACGUUCCAUUCAAAAGUGAAAUCUGUGUUGGGAAAGAAGGCCUUUGGAAACUUCUUAGAGAUUUUCAAGAGAUUUAUGGCAAAGCUAUUCAGGUUGGAGUAGUUGGUUUCCCAAAUGUGGGGAAAAGCAGCCUCAUCAACUGCUUAAAACAAGAACAGAUAUGUAAUGUUGGUGUAUCCAUGGGACUUACAAGGAGCAUGCAGGUUGUCCCCCUGGACAAACAAAUCACAAUCAUAGAUAGUCCAAGUUUCAUUGUGUCUCCAAUUAACUCUCCUGCCACACUUGCUCUGAGAAGUCCAGCAAGUAUCGAAGAACUAAGACCAGUGGAGGCUGCCAGUGCCAUCCUGUCCCAGGCUGACACUCGACAGGUAGUACUGAAAUUCACUGUCCCAGACUUCAAGAGCCCUUCAGAAUUUUUUACUUCGCUUGCUCAGAGAAGAGGACUGCACCAAAAAGGUGGAAGCCCAAAUGUAGAAGGUGCUGCCAAACUGUUGUGGUCUCAGUGGACAGGUGGCUCUUUAGGCUACUAUUGCCAUCCCCCUCCAUCCUGGACUCUUUCUCCACAUUUUAAUGAAAACAUUGUGACAGACAUGAAAUUGGGCUUGAAUCUGGAAGAACUAGAAAAGAACAAUGCUCACAGCAUACAAGCCAUCAGGGGCCCUCAUUUAGCCAGUAGCAUCCUUUUCCAGUCCUCGGGUCUGACAAAUGGAAUAACAGAGGAAAAGGACAUAGUUGAAGAAUUGCCAAAACAGAAAGGAAGGAAGCAGGAAGAGGGGAAGGACUUGGGAGACAUCAACAGUGACCAGAAAAGUGUUGAUGAAGAAGCUGAUGGAAGUAGCUCAGACAUACCCCCUGCUAAAGAGACCUGGGCAGAUGAACAGUCUGCACAGUCUUGUGUCUUGGAUAGGAUGUCUGAAGAGGAAGGUGAUGCCUACAACUUCAGUACAGACUAUGUAUAAUGUAACUUUGUCCUCUUAGGGGUUCUUCGUCUUUUUUACAAUUUGAACAAGCUGUUUUAUGUGUAUGAUGUACCAGUUUGUUUCUGGUAUGACAAGCUGUGUAAAUUUUGUAAAUAUGUAUCAUAAUAGUCAUUUUAAAAAAUCAGGCAAUGU